AUGGGAGAUUUUAAUGCUUUGCUCCACCGUGAUGAGAAAAGAGGAGGACGGCCUAAAGUUGGAUGGAUGCUUAAGGAAUUCAAACAUUUCAUUGAUGAUUGCUCUCUGAUGGAUCUUCAAUUUAAAUGCUUCCCCUUUACAUGGCGUAAUAAGAGAGAUUCUGGUAAGCUCAUCAUGGCUCGCCUUGACAGAGCUUUGUGCACGCCUCAAUGGUUCCAAUCCUUUCCAAGGUGUAUGCUCCAUCAUCUCUCAGUGAAUGGGUCGGAUCAUAUAGCCAUUAUGUUGUGCCUCAACGACUCCAUCUCUCACUCUAGAUGCGAAUUCCUUUUUGAUUCUCGGUGGGUUAAGAAGGACGAGUUCAAACCGGUCAUUGAAAAAGCUUGGGCUUCCCCGAGUGCUGGCCUCUGCAAGGUAUCCCACACAAAUUAUGCCGAUGUUAAUAUGAUCUCAAGGCCUGGAGAUGAGAUUGAUGGGUAUGAUAGAGCUGAAUGUUGUAGGCUAGAGCAGGAGUUAAGUAAUGCUUGGCGUAAGGAGGAGAUGUUCUGGCUUCAAAAAUCUAGAAUUGCUUGGCUAGCCCAUGGUGAUAAGAAUACAAAGUUCUUCACGGGAAAACACAAAUUAGGAGAAGGAAGAAUGAGAUUAUUGGAUUGGAGGAUUCUGGGGGCAAUUGGUGUGAUUCCAAAGAUGACAUUCGCAAAGUAG